AUACAUACAUAUAUGAGGAGCAUUUGUAAUUUAUAUAAAAAGUGAGUUUGCUCCGUCACCGGAAAAACAGAAACAUGAGCUGUUUAAGCAGCGUGGAGGCGAAGCUGCCGCCGGGAUUCCGGUUCCACCCGAAAGAUGAAGAGCUCAUCUGCGAUUAUCUCCUCAACUGGAUCACCGGCUGCCCCCACCCUCUUCCUCUCCUGCUUCAAGUUGACCUCAACAGCUGCGAGCCUUGGGAUAUUCCAGAGUAUGCAUGUGUGGGAGGCAAGGAGUGGUAUUUUUACAGCCAAAGGGACCGGAAAUAUGCAACCGGGCUUCGGACAAAUCGGGCCACAGUAUCGGGCUAUUGGAAGGCCACGGGCAAGGACCGGGCCAUAAUCCACAAGGGAGUCCUAGUCGGCAUGCGAAAGACGCUGGUAUUUUAUCAGGGCCGGGCCCCCAGAGGCCAAAAGACCGAGUGGGUCAUGCACGAGUUUCGCCUCGAAGGAGCCCACGGGCCCGGCCCGAAAUCGGUCUCCCCCUUUAAGGAUUGGGUUCUAUGCCGAGUGUUCUUCAAGAGCAGAUCAGAAACCCCAGCCAGAUCAGAGGAAGCCCCCGGGAGCAGCCGCUUCGACGUCGUCGCCACACCAUCAUCCCCGCCACUGCCGCCCCUAACGGACCCCUUCUUCCCAUUCGACGCCGCGGAUCAGUAUAAUCACGAGCUGCAGGUGCCCUGCUUCUCCAUUUUAAACAACAACCAAACGGACCCUAAUUUCUCGAUCCUCGGCCACAUGGACCCGCCCCCGGUCCAUGACCCGUCUCCCUGCGACAAGACGAUGAUCAAAGCCGUCUUGAAUCAUCUCACCAAAAUGGAAAGUGAGAUCGAUGAUCGGACGAGCAUGCAAGGCGGCUCCCCGAGCUUCGAGGCCGACAGCUAUCUGUCGGAGGUGGUGUGGAAUAAUAGCUACUCGUGAUGUUGCAAUUCUUGGAAACAUGUGAUUGUUUUUUGGGAAUUUUCAUCAAGAUUGGAGUUUUGAAGCCAAGAAAUUAAGAUUAAUGUUGUUAAUGCUAUUGGUUUAGAUUAGAUAUAGGUUUGUAUCAAUGUACAUGAAAUGUUUGGUAUGUGCAAUUGGAUACUUGUAAGAAAGAAUAUAUUUACUAAGUGAUGUUAAUUAGAACUGUAUAUGCUUCUA